UUAUCAGCUGAUCCUGCUGGCUGUUGUUGAUGCCUGAAGUUGCUGUUGUUUGGACACUGUGUUGCUCUUAUCUGCUCCUGACAUUGAAGAGACAUUAAACCCCAAGAGAGGGACACUGUGGGCAUUCACCGUUUGAAUAUCUAAAGAGAACCAAGGGAAGCGUCGUGUCUUUAAGACUUAUAAAGACUAUAUUCUGUCGACAGGAGGGCAGCUAGCCUCUUCAGCUUGAACGGUGAAGAGAAGAAAAACAGCCGACGGCUUGGCGUGUUUUCUUUGUUUAUGUCGUGCCAGUCUCAACCGCGGAAUCAGUUUUAUUUGCCUCGAAUUUAGUUUUUUGUUUUCCUGCACAUACAUUAUUUAUAUUUAUACUCAAUUACCAUAACACGGAGAGCAGCUAGCUCGUAUGCUAACGUUAGCACAGUGUUGUUGUCAAGCUUUCGUAACCGCCCGACAGUGACUGAAAACAGGGACUGAAAACAGGGACUGACAGAGGAAGAAGUCGGGCUGGAGGAAUUAAUGUCGUGCAUCUGUGUUUUUUUUUUUAUUAUUCCCACAAUCUGUCACUUGUUAGUUGCUUUGUUGAACUGUUAUAGCUGAAUAACUGUUAAGUUGUUUUUCUCUAAAAGCGUUUGAGACGUUUUAGUCUGUUAGUCAUAGUCAUCUCUUUGUUCAGUCCUGAAUUUGAAUCAAGUGAGUUCAUGUGUUUUGUCUUUUUAAAAGGUACAUUUUUACGUACACAAGCAAGUAGUGUGUAAAGUGACAGCUGGCCUUGUACGUUUCAGGCUGACAGGUUGCGUCAUUUGUUUGUGUGCAGGCUGUGAGUCUAUGCAGUGUAUCUGCUCACCUCUUAUUUGAAACCUCCGUAUCUCUGUUAGCUUUAGGUACUCAGCCUCAGGUGCUGUUGUGGAUGUCAUUUUAAAUAUUUAACACAUUUUGUCAUUCUCCUCUCAUGCGACAUGUAAUGAAGUGACCAUAUUUCACUGUACUUUAUAGAUUGAGUAGCUGUUUCAUGCUCACACUCUUGAAUUUAGUAGCUCUGUGAAAAAAGAAAAAAAAAUGAAUUGAAGUUGCUACCUGAGGCUAUUUUGAGACGGUGGGUGAAAUCCGGAAGAGACAGGCUAAAAGAAAGGGUCCCUCAGAGGGUUCCCAUUGUGUCUUAAGGUGAGCUGAGCUGCCCCCCAAUACUUGCCAAUGCUGGAUCUGGAGGUGGUGCCUGAGAGAUCACUAGGAAAUGAGCAAUGGGAAUUCGCCUUAGGGAUGCCAUUGGCCCAGGCCAUCUCUAUUCUUCAGAAACACUGCCGCAUCAUCAAAAAUGUCCAGGUGCUAUACAGUGAACAGACGCCACUCAGCCAUGACCUCAUACUGAAUUUGACUCAGGAUGGGAUUAAACUGCUGUUUGAUGCCACAAAUCAGAGACUCAAGGUGAUUGAAGUCUACGACCUGAGCAAAGUGAAGUUGAAAUACUGUGGAGUCCAUUUCAACUCUCAGGCCAUUGCACCAACAAUAGAGCAGAUAGACCAGUCAUUCGGAGCGACUCACCCUGGAGUUUACAAUGCCGCAGAGCAGCUGUUCCAUCUCAACUUUCGAGGCCUGUCCUUCUCCUUCCAGCUGGACUCAUGGAACGAAGCUCCAAAGUACGAGCCUAACUUUGCCAUGGGUUUGGCCUCCCUGCAGAUUCCACAUGGGGCAAUGGUCAAGAGGAUGCACAUCUACACGGGCAACAACCUGCAAGAAACAAGAGCUCCAGUGAUGCCGUGGGCGUGUUUUCUUGGUAACAUAUAUGCAGAUGGCGUGGAUGUCCUGAGAGACCAGGCAGGGCCUCUUGGGCUUAAACUCCGCCUUCUCACUGCAGGCUGCGGACCAGGUGUGAUGACUGAUGCUAAAGUGAGGACCAUAGAAAGAAACAUCUACUUUGGAGACUCUUGUCAGGAUGUUCUGGGUGCUCUGGGCUCGCCACAUAAAGUCUUUUACAAGUCCGAGGACAAGAUGAAGAUUCACUCUCCAUCACCUCACAAGCAGGUUUCUUCUAAAUGUAACGACUACUUCUUCAACUACUUCACCCUGGGAGUGGAUAUCCUGUUUGACUCAACAACACACCUGGUUAAGAAGUUUGUCCUCCACACCAACUUCCCUGGACAUUAUAACUUCAAUAUAUACCAUCGCUGUGACUUUAAGAUUCCACUGGUCAUUAAGAAAGAAGGAGCAGAUUCUCAGACGGAGGACUGCAUCUUAACCACCUACAGCAAGUGGGAUCAGAUUCAGGAGCUGCUGGGACAUCCUAUGGAAAAACCUGUUGUGCUUCACAGGUCCUCUUCAGCCAAUAACACCAACCCCUUUGGCUCCACCUUCUGCUUUGGACUACAGAGGAUGAUCUUUGAGGUGAUGCAGAAUAACCACAUAGCAUCCGUGACCCUCUAUGGAGCCCCGCGGACCGCCAGUAAAGCCAGACCUGAGUCAAGUAGUAGUUCCCACUGAACGAGUGACCAUGACCAUAUCCCAUUUGGCCUCUCCUGAAUUUAGUACCUCUACUGACUGAACCUCUAACCCAGAGCCAGAUUCUUAACCAAGCAGACCUGAACCAGAACAACACAAAUAUGCUUGCUCAGCUCAUAUGCUACUCAUUUAACAGAACACAAAAUCAGACCUGGAAUUGAUCAACUAUUGUCUGUGGUUCCUGAGACGCAGUCCUUUCAGUCCGCUCAAUAAACCCACCCUGGACAAGGAUCUGGUGUCAUGGUUUCUGUGCUGAAGUGCUGAUGCUUUGACAUGAAAACAAUGUAAACUCUAGUAGAGAUCAACUGUUUCCCCGUCUCCAUGCUGCAUCUGCAUGUACCGAGGGACCACAGAAGAAGAUGUCUUCAGACUGUAGUUAGGAAGGCAUGUUUUACCCAGUGAGACGUGACAGCAGUCUGUACAUGACAGUAACCUCCAUGACAUCAUGGUGGAUGAAUGAUCAGCAUUUUAACAUCAUCUGCAACAAAACUCAGUGUUUAACAUCAAACAGAGAGUUGUGGAGUUGUAUCACCGCCAAUAAAAAAACUGCUGCAGCCAAAGUCUUGAAACCCCACUCUGGCUUGACCCACUGAAUACACAUCUAACCAAUCACACUGCCAGCACAACCAGGCAGUACGGCCUGUCUUCCUGCCACAACUUCAGAACCAUCUUCAAGACCCCGGACACAGCCGAAACCAGCCCAACCCAGAGCCAUCAAGAAGCUGCAGAAGAUAGUCCCCCCCCCCCCCCAAAAAAAAAGAAGAGAAAUCCAGAUUUUUUCGGACAAGAGAAGAACCAAACACACUCUUACAGUUUGGAGCGACAAAUGGCCCCUCAACACAACCCGAGACGUCCGGUGACCAGAUAUGAAGCCAAACGAUCGAAAACAUCCAUCAUCAUCAGCACUGUUGAAGAUCUCCUCCCUCUUUCCUCUUUACUGUUCUACAACUGUCUUCAGUGGUGCCACACACACACACACACACACACACACACACACACACACACACACACACACACACACACACACACUAGCACACAGCUGUAAGAACUUUAUUAACCCACAGACGUUUGACGCUGCGGACAUUUGUGUCUGUGUCCUCGUGAGCAUCUGCAUGUGAUUGGUCGCUGGUUUUAAAAAGGGACAUUUGAGCAGACUUUAAUUCAAGCACACACACACACACACACAAACACACACAAAGCAUUUCAGUCCCUUCACGUCUAUACUCACAUGUAUUUCUAAUACAUGAGAGCCGGUUUUUCUUUGGCUCAGACAUGCAGGCAUGACACAAGAAUUUGCAUGAACUAGGCUGACAUUUUGGGAAAAGGUGAGAAUAAUUACAAGCACAAACUGGCAACCUGAUUGUUGUAUUUGAUGCUGCAUGUUGUGAGGGGCAUUGUCCUGGCACACAGUUUGUUUUUAUUUCUCUCUGCCCUGCUUCACUCACACACACACACACAACCAUGACCAUUUUUUUUGUAUUCAUUUUAGAAACAACCAUCUUUCCAUUUGCACUAAAACACACCUUUUUACUUGAUUGGUUUUUAUGUUUGAUCCUCAGAGAUGGGUUUGUGGAGACCUUUGGAGAGAUAGCGUUGUGUGUGUGUGUGUCUGUGUGUGUGAGAAUGUGUGCGAGUUUGCAAGAUGCACUUUUGCGGAUGUCCUCUGUUCAUCUCCACUUUCUUCAUCUCCACAUCUGACUGAUACAUUGCAAUUAAUCUCUCGGCGGUGUCUGCAUUUAUUUCUUUGUUGAAUUGCCAAAAGCUGUAGCCAAAGACGUUUCAGGAUAAUUCCUUUGAUUUGAUCCGCUGACAUUAUCACUGUAAUCUUCUGUCUAAAACCGGCCCCUUUGGAGAGAGUGGCUCCCUUUCCUCCGUACCUUUUGUUUCCCGCCGGCGGGUCAGAGAAAGUCCAUGUGAAGCCUUUAAAUCCAGCUCCUGGUUUCUGAGACUUCUGACAGUAACGGCACAAGAUGACAAUAGCUGCCUGAUAUGAGAGGCUUGAAAAACAAUCUGCUUGUUGUUCAUCUGCCAGAUGACAUACCUACUACCUUCACCCCUCCUCUGGCUGUCUCUGGUUCAGUGGUUAUUUAAUUUAAAGAAUCCACAUGAUUGUUCUGUGGAAUUCUUACAUUUGGAUAACGGGACAGAUCAUCAAGCAUUCCAUCGUCCUAACUUUUGUUUUGACUCUUCCUCCCUAUCUUUGCUUUGAAGACUUUUCUUUAAUCAUAAGCAUUUGAAUAAAUUGUGUAUUAACUUUAAUACACAUAUUCUCUUUUAUUGUCCUGGGAUGCAAAUGCCAUUUUGUAUUUUUCUGUAUUGCUAAAUGUUGAUUGUUUUUUUUUAUCAUCACAUGUGAAGGCAUCAGGGUUAAAGUCAGCGUCUGUAUACGUGAUACACGCUUGGUUGGCUGCUUCUCGGUGGUUUGAAAAAAUAUAGGAUUUUUUUUUCUUCUAAAUUGUUGAUUAUUUUUUCUUUAAGUUGAUCAGUUUAAACUUUGCUUCAUGUUGGUCUUUAAUUGUAUUCUUCUCUAGGUUUUUCUACAUCAAUUAACCACCUCAAUGGAGUCGAUCGAUCAAUUGUCUGAUUUUAAUCUUCCCUGAUUCAAAAUGCCUCCACAAUCAUCUCUAACCAGCAACAUCCACAAGCAGCACACAGUUUAUUCCAGGUACCUGAAAUAAUAUGGAAGCUUUUUCACCACAUUUUCUGAAAGAUAUCAUUUAUCUCUUAAAGCUCCUGUGAGGAAGUUUCAGUUUGUCCAAAGGGGGGCGCUAUAACUGACACAGGGAUACAUCUUAACUUUACUGAUCUUGUUUGGAACCUGCGUAAGAAGCGUUUUCUGACAGAAAAAAAGAACAUUAAAAUGUGUGCGAUUAUUGUCAGUAUUUGCAGAAUAGAAUGUAAAAGAGAGGUCCUAAAAUGUUGUUCAUGGUCUCGUCUGACACCUUCCCUGUACGUUGCAGCAAAACUAUAGACAUUAUCAAUGUUGCUGAGAGUCUUGUGGGUCACAUAGAGGGCUGACUAGUUAUUUCAGUCUGUUUCAUAACCAGAUAAAAACUCCUUACAGGGGCUUUAAUUUCUGAUUCACUCAAAACCUGAUGACAGCAGAACUUUUUAGUUUUAUCAAAAUACUUAAUUUUUUUGGCAUAAUUUGACCUUUCUGUUCGGACAGUUAGGGAUCAUUUUUCAGGUCAUUUAAUAUCCAAACGACCACAUGAAAGAGCAUUAGAAGAAAAUAGUUUCAUCAGAUGACAUCCAGCCCGUACGGCCCUGAUGCUUGGAGUUAAGAUGUUGAUGUACAUGCUGUAAAUAGUUGUGUGCUCUUAUUCCAGUGUCCUUUUUAUUAAGGUGAUCUGAAUCAGGCGAUGGCUGAGUAUCUUAAUAAUCCUCCAUGAUACUGAUCACACCCCCAACUCAGGAGGAGGCUUCAGCUCACACACGACUCGUAAUCAAUCACUGGAAGCUUUUUUUUUUUUUUUUUUUUUAACUCUGGACCACUCAGUAUUGAGACAUAUUAUCCUGUAACGCUAAAGGCUGCAAGUACACACAAGUGUUGGGUGUGUGAGUAAUAAGUCCUGCUUCAGCUCUGCUUGACAUGCUCUUUUUUUAAAGCUCAGUAAAGCCACUAAAUACAAAGCUCCAUAGAAGCAGACAGAGGAAGCGAUAUCUGUCUUGAGAUUUUCUCUGAAAAAGCUGUGGUAGUGAUGUUUUUGUAGAGUGGACAGAAUCUGACUGAGUCCAGCACUGGCAUGUUGCUGGAUGUUACACCGCUUGUUUACACUAAAAGAAGCAACAAGUAAGGUGAAGUGGUUUCUGGAAGCAGGAGAGGGUAGAUGAAAUAUUAAAUAUGAAUUGAAACACAUAAACUCAUCUUUUCAUCAGGCUUCCAGCAUUAAGAUUUUCAAGAUGGCUGUCCAGCAUGUCUAAUGAACUUUAAACUCAAAGGUCCCCUAUCCUCUGGUCUAUCUGCAUCUCGCGUUAAAUGGGGAAACGGAUGUAAUAUAACAUGAAAGCUAUAUUCAAACAUUUCCCUAAAACUUGCUGUUCUGCAAAGUUGAGGAAAAGAAAAAACAAAACUGUUGAACAUUGUGCCUCAUCUCCCACCGAGCCUGUCUUUGACUUCUGUCUCUAUCUCCUCUGUAAAAAGGAAUCUCCUUGUAAAUACAAUUUGAGAUUGCAUUUGAACUGCAUCAUUGUACAGUACGUACAGCGUGUGUGUGUGUGUCACUGAGCAUUAGCAACAAGGUAACAUGUAUUUGGCCGUCUCAGCCAUUUUAGUUUUUCUGUUACCUGUAGAGAAUGGCAAACGGCUGGUUGGGUCGGGUUUCCCAAAACGAGGAUGAGUUUUUCACCAAUAUUAUUUUUUUUUUUACAAGGUGCAUGUGUUGAUAACUAUUAGAAAAAACAAGAUAAGUGUGGAAGUUUUAACCACCCUUAAAAGCUUAUCUUAGUUAGUUUGGAAAGCAUGUUUGUAGCAUUGCAAAACAUGGCAUAAAAAACCUUUAAAGAAAGACUAAGAUGCAUGCUGCAGAAUUUCAUUAUAAACUGAAGGGAAAAUAUUUCUUACAGAGUCCCUGAAGUCCCAAAAAGUAAAGAAAAACUUUUGUGUGCACAAUUAUUAUUUUUUACUUUUUGGGACUUCGGGGACUCUGUUAUUUCUUGUCUCCGUCCAAACUGAAUUUAAGUACUAAAAAAGUGUUUAAAGCUACCUUGAGCUGUGCUGCCUUUAAAAGAAUUGGUGAAUUAUGGAAACAAAUCAUGAUCUAAAAAAAGAUUGUACCCAUCACCCCAGUUUUGGUAAACCCAACCCCAGUGUCAUAGACGGUCAGUGUUGUGAGGAUGCUUUGUUACCGAGAGACAGAGGGAGGAGUGUUAGGGUGCUGGGGAGUUAAUCUCACCCAAACUCAGGUGGACAUAUCACAUAUCUUGUUUUUCUAAAAUGUUAAAGUGAGAAAAACAAGUGAAAUCAGGAGGUCUGCGUGGCUUUGAACUUCCACUUUUUUGUUGUUGCAUUUUCUUUGUAUUAUUUUAUUGAAUGCAGGAAUGAAUGAUUGUCCUAAAAAGAUUGUUGUAAUUUAUAAUGGACAGCUUCAGUCCAGUGUAUUGAUAAUCUCAUAUUAAGGCUUUGUACUGUCUCUUAUUGGUACCAUAUGUUCUGUUGCCUGUCUUGCUUCUCCCCAGAAUAUUUUUUUGUGGACAUUUUAAACCCGUUUCUGGAAAUGGGUGAGUUAUACAUUCAGUUAAACAUUAAUUAAAACUUGUGAAAUUCAUUGGAAUGUGGCGUUUUAUAUUUUGAAUACUGUAACUUUGUGUAUGAUGACAUAAGUAGAUUUAUUCAGCAUGUCCACAGAAAAAACGGCAAUAACAAAACCAUGUAGUGCAAAGAGAAGGACGAGGAUGACUGAAAGCUUGGCUACUUUUAACUGUGUUUAAUGAGGGGUGACGAGAUGAGCUGCUGCUGUGCCAUCUCUAACCACUCCAAUGCAACAUUUGGACUUUCAUGAAAUCCAAUGCUCACUGUUCAUUGACAGUCCAUCUUUUGUGUGUGCAACCAGGAUAUGAAAAAAAAAAUAAAAAAUGUGGAUGUGAUAAAGA